GACUGCGCCCCUGUCUAUGUAGAUGUAUGGGUCAUCUGAUGGAAUGGCAGCCUAUCGUUCUUUCCAAGAGGGUUAUGAUGGAGCUUUACCAAGUCCUCAGAAAAAAGGAGUCGAUCAUACAAGUCAAAGGCAUGGUUCAAGUACAUGCAGUGAAAGUGGCAAGCCUGUAUGGUACAGUAGGGCUUUAUCACCGUAUGAAGAGCAAAAUCCGAACCUGUCCACGUUUAGUUAUGGGAGCUUAGAAGCUUAUGGAGGCGAUGAGCUAAAUCAGUCAGCAAAUAUAUUUGAAGAACUGGAGGAGCUGCGUAGUGAGCGUCUGAAACUGAGCGAGACCAACGAGGCGUUGCACCGACGGUUGAAGACGACGGAGGAAUCCGAGACGGAACUUCUCAAGAAAGCGGAAGAUGCGAAGAAAACGAUCAGCAGCCUCCUUCUAAAGCAAACCGUGUUUAAAGAUCAGAUGCUUGAUCUACAGGACGAAGUGAGAAGAUUGGAAAACAAUUCUUUAUCAUUACAAAACCAAGUAGCAAGCCUGGAAGCAGAAAAGCAAGCGUUGAUGAAAACUGUGCGACAAAUGAAAAGUGAGGAUACGGAGAAGCUCUCAUUGAGGAAAACAAUUGCAUCACUGGAAGAUGAGUUGGAGAAAGCCCAAAUUGAAAUUGAAUCCAAGGAUAUAAAACUCAAUGAUGUCAUACAGCACAGAGAUGAGCUGAUUGAUAAAGUCAUAGAGGAAAACAAACAUUACAUUGAGCUUUACAAAAGUCACAAAGACCUUCAAUCAGCAUUUCAGGCAGUACAAAUUGAGAAAGGAGAUAUGGAGCAAUCUGAGGUCAAUGAUAGUCCCGGUCCAUCUCCGAUCUGUGGUCGCAUAAGUUUUGCGGGAGAGAUGAUGGAAGGCUUUCAAGCCGUAGUGGAGAGUAUGAGUGCUGAGAUGGAAAGUCUUGUGGCGAGUCAACAAAAUCAGACGGAUCAGGAGCAAAUAGAACAGAGUGUGAAGAAGCUGAAAUCUCAGCAUGAGAGCCUGAUCUGUAAAGUGAAAUGGAUCAUAGAAGCAAAGAAACAUUCAGACCAGAGGGCAGUGAGCAUGGGAGACAAAUUGAAGGUUCUGAGAGAGGCGAAUACUCGGCUGAAAACUCAAUUACAGAGUUUGAAAGAGGAUGUUACUCAGCUCUCGUCUGCCCCCGCCGUCGUGGAACAACCAAGAGAUGAUACAGAUCAUAGGCUGAGUCAAGCACAGAAUGAGCUGGAGCUGGCCAGAGCUGAGGUGGAGCUGAUGGAGUUCACAUCCGGGAGAGACAAACAGAGAAUUAUUGAUCUAGAGAGCAUGCUUUGUAUUCUACAGAAGGAACUUGAACAGAAGAGGCUAGAAUUGAUGUAUGAGACGACGGAUUCUGAAGAAGACCUUACUUAUCGAGAUAACACACAGCAUACAGGAAAGAAUACAAUAUCUGUUGGCAGUAUUGGAGGGCUCAUGGGAAAAGUUGGCAGUACUGUACCGCGAAGAACGAGAUGUUCGAAUUGCAAACGAGUAAGUAUUACAGUGUGA